GAACAAAUAUUUUAGUACACCUAUAUUCUCUCGCAACGCACCCUGUUCUUUCAUUCUUCCUUCUCUUUUCAAGAUUUUCGUACUCUGCAUCUAUCUGCUUUCUUUCGAUCAGGGUUUCCCCUCGUCUCCGAGCUCGUUUCGUUCUCGAAGAAUCGAUCUGCGAUAAUGACUCGCGGUAACCAGAGGGACCGUGAUCGUGAAAGGGCUCAGUCUAGAACCGGUGCUAAAGGCAAGCAGACGAAAGCUGAUGGGUUGACCCCUGAACAGCGCAGGGAAAGAGAUGCAAAGGCGCUGCAGGAGAAGGCGGCAAAGAAAGCAGCACAGGAAGCAGGAGGCAAUAAUGCAGGUGGAAGCAAAAAAUAGGCAAUAAUUCAAUGAGUGGUUUGAGAUUUGAUGUGUUGUUUGUAGACAUGGAAUGUAUUGAAAUUUUAUGUCGAAUUAUUUGUUGUGGAGUAUGAUGUGUUUAGUAAUGUAAUUUGGGAUGAAGAACAAAUAAUCAUUGCUUCUUUCAAAGGUGUUGACGCUGGGGGCUGAAUCAAUACCUGGUGUCUUUGUUUGGAAUAAUGGUAUUUUGGCAAUAAUAUUAUAUUCGCUCCUC